GCUGUCGUCAGCGUUCGGUGCAGUCUCUUGCAAAGUUGAUUCCAUACUGUGCAGUGUUCUCUUUUGGAGCUAAGGUCGAUUUUUGACGACUUGCACGGUUUUUUCAUUUUAAAAUGGCUCUAAACAAAGCUGAAUUAGCCUGUGUGUAUUCGGCGCUCAUCCUCGUUGAUGACGAUGUUGCCGUAACCGAUGAGAAAAUCUCUACCAUUCUCAAGGCUGCCAACGUGGAAAUCGAGCCAUACUGGCCCGGUCUUUUCGCAAAGGCCCUGGAGGGCAUCAACGUAAAGGAUUUGAUUACAAAUAUCGGAUCCGGCGUUGGUUCCGGUGGUGGUGCUCCGGCCGCUAGCAGUGCUGCUGCCGCUGCUCCUGCCGCCGCCGAAAAGAAGGAAGAGAAGAAGGAAGAAGAACCAGAGGAAUCCGAUGACGACAUGGGAUUCGGUCUCUUCGGUUAAAUUCUACUUCACCAUCGGGAUCCUGCAAAGGAAAGGGCAGAUAUUUUAUCCUGCUGUAUUUUCCGUUUGCAAUGACAUUAGUACAGUUUUAAUGUACCAAUGUAUAAAUAAAAGUUAAGUUCCCACUUA